AUGAGCCUUCCGAUAAGUUAUUACGAGGUGCUACAAGUCCUCCCCGAGACCCCAACAGCCACCAUCGACCUCAUGCUCGACUCCAUGCUCGCCUCCACCAUCGACCUCAUGCUAGACUCCAUGCUCGCCUCGCCGCCUCAAGAAGGCUUCACCGUCUCCGCCCUCACGGUCAGGGCGGAAGUUUUGGAGGCUGCCCGGGACACGCUGCUGGAUCUGGAGCUCCGGGCAGAGUAUGAUGAGGACCUGAAGGCAGCAGCUGCAGAGCAGCAGCAGGGGUUGGGGGGUGUGGGGAGGGGUGGAGGGGAGUACGGGGGCGAGACUGCGAUCAUGGUUGAUGUUCCUGUGAGCCGGGUCCCUGGCGUGUUGUGCCUGCUGCAAGAGGCGGGUCGCUCUGCUGACGUGGCAGAGGCGGGCCUCGACCUCCUCUCCCGCCCGGAUGGCGAUCCUGCUUUCCGUGCUGACGUGGCACUCGCCACAGCGUUGGCGUACUCAGACCUGUCGCGCGAUGCCAUGUCAGCAGACCCGCCUGCAGUGGCACAGGGCUGCGAGCUGCUGGAAGCUGCGCUGAAGCUUCUGCAGGACGAGGGCGGGCCAAGCCUGGCGCCGUCCCUGCAGGCGGCCAUAGAGGACUCGCUGAGGGAGAUGGGCCCCACACGCGUGCUGGAGCUGCUGGCGCUGCCCCUGGACAAGGAGCACGAGGACGCCCGGAGCGAGGGCAUACAGGCCAUGAGGGACCUGCUCUGGUCCCAAAGCCCAGACGGAGCACUGUCAUUCGCCUCCCAGGGCGGUUUCUCCCGCCAUGUGUUCAUGCGGGAGGCCUUCCUGCGCCUCACCACCUCCGAGCUCAUCGCCCACUUCGCUGCCGCCCCGCCGCACGUCGAUGCCGGCAUCCUCGAGGCCUACUGGGUGGCUCUCGCCUUUGCCGGCCGGGGCUUCUUCCUGCGCCGCCCGGCCGACAUCGUCCAGUCUGAAGCGCUGCUCAAGGAGCUGAACGAGUCCACCGCGUACCGUUUGUUGGUUAACGUGAGCACGGGCGGCGGGGUGGGGGAGGCGGGCGGCGGAGUGGCCGGGGCGGUGGCGGGGACAGGUGGCGGGCGAGGAUUGGCCAGAGAGGGUGGGGGAGCAGGCGAAGCAGGAGUGAUAGCAGGAAGCACAGCAGGAAGAGAAGCAGGAGCAGCAGGAGGAUCAGGGGCAGGAGCGGGAGAGCGGGUGCAAGGUGGGGCGGGGAGUGCAAUGGCGAUGGUGGCAGGGACAGACGUGCCAGCGGAUCUGUCAGUGGAGAGGGCGAUGUGCGCGCUGCUGCUGGGGCAGGUGGGCGCGUGCAAGCAAUGGCUGGGCGUGCAUGUGACCCCUCCCUGUGGCGACCUUGCUGUCGCCCAGUAUGUCUAUGCCAACUCGCCUAAUGCCCCUCCGGUUGACUCGUGGUACGGCGGCAGCAGCGGUGCAGGCAGUAGCAGCAGCAGUACAGGUAGCAGUACAGGUAGCAGUACAGGUAGCAGCACAGGUAACAGCACAGCUCCUAGCAUAAUCACCACGCCUGCAGGCGGAGCAAAAGUGGCAGCAGGAGCUGGAGGAGCGGGGGCAGGCGAGGAGGAUGUGCUUUUACCGGGGCUGUGCCGCUUGCUGGAGGUGUGGCUAAGAGAGGUCGUAGCCAUGCGGUUCCGAGACACGUCCCAUCUCCCUGUUGUUCUCUCUGAGUACUUUGAUCAUCCUGCUGUAGGGAGUUUCUUGGAUGCGUGGGAUCAGUCGCAGGGUGGGGGGGGAGGAGGGAAGGUGGGGGAGAGUGGAAGAGGGGAGGGCGGCGGGAUGCGGAAUGCUGCUAUGGAGGUGAUUCGAGGGGUGUUUCCGUGGAUGCAAGGAGGGGGUGAUGCAGCAGCAGCAGCAGCAGGAGCGGCAGUCGAAAAUCCUUUCAUCGUUUCCACAUCAGCCACUACCACUACCACCACCACCUCCUCCUCCCUCUCCCCACCCUUGCCCACCGAUUCGUUACAAGACGACUCGUUACAAGACCCGUCCUCGUCGCUCCCACCAGCAGAGCUCGCCCGAUCACGCACCAGACGAGAGCUCUUCGGCGCCUCACCCCUCCUCGACCCCCAAGGCUCGCCCAUCCCCCUCCGCACCGCCCAACCCGAAUCCCUCCCCACCUUGGGAAUAUCCGGAACCGAACCUGGGAGCAGCAGUGGCAGGGGUAGAUUUGGCGGGAAGGUGGGAAUGGUGGUGGCAGGGGUGGCGGCGGCGGCGGUGGUGGUGGGGGGAGGGUUCACGGCGUGGCGCAUGCGGUCGGGGCGGUUUGGGCCGUCGCUGCUGGGAGUGGAAGCGGCGAUGGUGGGGCAGCAGGCCAAGGAGCAGGCGACUUCUGAAGCAGCAGCAGGCGCAGAGGAAUAUUCCGAAGUGGAGGAGGUGCAGUGGGCGGUGCGCGUGGUGAGGCACUGGCAGGAGGUGAAGGCGGCAGCGCUGGGCCCGCAGCACCGAGUGGACCGGCUGGGGGAGAUCUUGGAGGGGCCUAUGCUGGAGCUGUGGCGCAACAGAGCCAAGGAGGUGGAGAACAACGGGUGGUUCUGGGAAUACAGCUUCCUCAGCCUCAAUGUGGAGAUGGCAGCAGUGAGCAAGUGUCAGAAGAAGGCAGUAGUAGAGGCAGUGGUGCAGGAGGCGGCACGGCUGGUGGAUGCAGCGGACCCGACCCACAACGAUGCGUACAGAAGCACGUACACGGCGCGGUACGAGCUGCUGCAGACCGGCACCUGCUGGAAGAUCGUCGGCGGUACUACCGGCACCUGCUGGAAGAUCGUUGGCGGCACCGUGCUGCGCGCGUCACUCACAGCCACGUGUCGAGCCGGCAUUGGCAGAUCUCCUCUCUGGCGCGGAACCCCUCUUCUCACAGACGAACGGUCGAGAUUGCUCCAUCGGCGGCAUCGCAGUUCCGUCGUCCGAGCCGUGGCAGCAGCAGGAGCUGAUGACGUGUCGGCCAGCUCAGCUACCAGUGGCGAAUCGCAACGGCCGCAUUCCGCCAUUCGUGAAAUUCAGCGCCAGCUGGCGAAUGGCGAGCGGACAGCUGUCGGCGUGGCAGAGGAGUAUCUGGAGCGGCUGGAGGCGCAGGAGGGGCAGCUGAGAAGCUUCCUCCACACCGACAGGGAGGUAGUCCUGCAGCAGGCACGGGAAGUGGAUGCUGCCCUGGCAUCUCAGUCGGGCAGCGGGGAGAAAAAUUUGGGGCUGCUGACCGGAGUGCCCAUGGGGGUGAAGGACAACCUGUGCACACGUGGCAUGCCCUCCACCGCUGCCUCUAAGAUCCUCAAGGGAUACAUGCCGCCAUACGAUGCAACAGCGGUGGGGAGGGUGAAGGCGGAGGGGGCAGUGGUGGUGGGGAAGACAAACAUGGACGAGUUUGGCAUGGGCAGCACCACUGAGGGGUCGGGUUACCAGGUGACAACCAACCCCUGGGAUCUCUCGCGAGUGCCAGGCGGCAGUUCAGGAGGCUCUGCCGCUGCUGUGGCGGCUGGGCAGUGUGCUGUAGCUUUGGGCUCUGACACGGGUGAGGCGCCUCCUCCAGCGGUGGAGGUGCGCACUGCACUGCACGGCGCACUGCUCAUCUGCAUCUGCUGCUCCUGCUGUGGCGGCCGGGCAGCCGUGGAUAUGGGCCCUGAUACAGCGUCCUUCUGUGGCAUAGUGGGUCUGAAGCCCUCCUAUGGCAGUGUCUCCCGGCUGGGCUUCAUGGUCGUGCGUCUGCCAGCGUCCUUCUGUGGCAUAGUGGGUCUGAAGCCCUCGUACGGCCGAGUGUCGCGCCUGGGGCUCAUGGCGUAUGCGUCCAGCCUGGACUGUGUGGGCGUGCUGGGGCGAUCAGUAGAGGACACAGCCAUUGUGCUGCAGGCGAUGGCGGGGAGAGACGAGGGGGACAGCACGUGCAGCAAGGAGACACAGCGAUCGUGCUGCAGGCGAUGGCUGGGAGAGACGACGGGGACAGCACGUGCAGCAAGGAGGCCAGCGCGAUGUGGAGAGAAGUGGGGUGCUUACACUGGGCUGGGCCCCAGCCCAGCAGUCGCCCUGGCCAGGACUGUGUGGGUGGGCGUGCUGCACUGGGCGUGCUGCACUGGGCGUGCUGCACUGGGCGUGCUGCACUGGGCUUGCUGCAUGAGUCAUUGCAUGGACCCACACAACAAGCCAGUACCAGACUACACGGCAGCCCUCCUCCCCGUCGCCUCGCUCGGCUCCAAGCCGCUGACAGGUGUCCGCUUCGCAUUGGUCCAGGAGACCAUGGGCGCUGGCGUUGAUGCUGACGUGGUGCAGGCCGUCCGGGCGGCGGCGGCGCACUACGAGACGCUAGGAGCCACCGUGGAGGAGGUGUCCAUGCCGUUCUUCGCCAGUGGCCUGCCAGCAUACUAUAUCCUCGCACCCUCUGAAGCCUCCUCAAAUCUCUCUCGCUACGACGGCAUCAGGUUUGGACCCCAGCAGCCAGGCACGGACCUCACGUCCCUCUACAGCAACACUCGAGGCCAGGGCUUUGGCAAGGAGGUGGGCAGUUGGCGGGAAGUGAAGAGGCGCAUUCUAAUGGGCACAUACGCACUCUCUGCCGGCUAUUAUGAUGCCUACUACAAGAAGGCACAGCAGGUGCGCACGAUGAUUCGGCGGGAAUUUCUGGCAGCACUGGAGAGGCAUGACGCGCUCAUCACCCUUUCCUCUCGCCUCCUCCCCACCCCUUUUCCCAUCUCCCUUCCCCCCGUCACCACCUCCUCUUGUUACCUCCCCCUCUCAUUACAUGGCAGACCUCUCCCAGACCUCUCCCAGACCUCUCCCAGACCUCUCCCAUACUUCUCCCAGACUUUCACUCGCCAUAUCCCCAUGCUCAUCCAUUUCAGUUCGCCUCAGCUCUCUCUCGCCUUCAUCACUCCACCCUUCUCCACUGCUCUAUACCCCUUCACACCGCAGGUGAAUGUGAACCUAGCGGGUCUACCAGCCAUCUCUCUGCCCUGCGGGUUAGCCCCUGGUGGACCUCAUGGUCUGCCCAUCGGCCUUCAGAUCAUCGGCGCUCCCUUCGCUGAGCCCCUGGUGGGCCCCAUGGCCUCCCUAUCGGCCUUCAGAUCAUCGGUGCUCCCUUUGCGGAGGUGGCAAUUCUCAAGUACGCACAUGUGUUUGAGCAGACCAGUUGUCUUCCAAGGUGCCCCACCACCCACCGCCCACCAACGCCCCCUCUCCUCCCUCUCCUCCCUCUUUACACAGGCGACCAUUCUCAAGUACGCACAUGUGUUUGAGCAGACCACUCCUGCAUGGCAAUCAGGACUCGCCAUUGCAUCUCCUGUUACUGCCGCUGCUUCCACGUAG